CAAUGCCACAGCCCUCAUUUCCCACAUGUUUUUCGAUGUUGUGCGGUUUAGUUACAUGCUGUGCCAUUAAUUAAAAACAAAAAGAUACAGAAAAAAAUCCUAGGAAGUUCCAUGUUUUCAGAAUGCCUAAAGAACAGUUUCGUGAAGCGGAUGUGAUAAAAAAAAUUUCCCACGUAUCGUUCAAUAUCGACAGUCCCCAGCAGAUUCAACAGGAGGCACACAUUCAUGUCGUAGCAAAGAAUCUCUACAACCAAAAUGCAGAUCGAACUCCAGUGGCGUAUGGAGUAUUAGACAGACGUAUGGGAGUGAGCCAAAAGGACGCCAUUUGCGAAACAUGCAAAAAAGGUUUAAAUGACUGUGUGGGACAUUUUGGGUACAUCGAUCUGGCGUUACCAGUAUUUCACGUUGGACACUUUCGAGCCACAAUUACAAUCCUCCAAUCAAUAUGUAAAGUAUGUUCGCGAGUGAUGUUGAAAGAAGAAGAAAAGAAAAAUUUUAGCACUCGGUUGGUAAAUCCCAACUUGUCAUACCUUGCGAAGAAAUCUAUCCAUAGCCAAGUUUUAAAAAAGGCAAAAAAAAAUACCAAAUGUCCCUAUUGCAACAGUCUUAACGGCCCUGUGAAAAAAGGCCCGGGUCUAAUGAAAAUAGUGCAUGAACCGUUUCGGGGAAAGAAACCAUCUGAUCCACAGGUCACAAAUGCGCUACAUGAGAUGCAAGCUGCAGUUGAAUCGAAUCGUGAGCUUGCCCAAACCGUCGUGGGACCAUCUUCGUUGUCCAAAGAACUGAAUCCGGUAGAAGUUUUGGAUCUAUUUAGAAACAUACCAAAGAGCGAUGUCCCACUGCUUGGUAUGACAUCUACGUACUCCAACCCGGCCGAUCUAAUUGUUACGCGAGUUUUCGUACCGCCGGUGUGCAUUAGACCUUCCGUAGUGUCAGAAGUAAAAGCAGGCACUACUGAAGACGAUUUAACAAUGAAACAGAGCGAGAUAUUGCUCAUCAGUGACGUCAUUACAAAACAUAUGAUGACUAAUGGUAAAAUAGAACUUAUUCAAGAAGAUUGGGACUAUUUGCAACUUCAUUGUGCACUGUAUUUCAACAGUGAGCUCUCUGGCAUUCCACUUUCGCUUAUGCCGAAGAAACCCACGCGUGGAAUUGUCCAACGGUUGAAAGGUAAACAAGGCCGGUUUCGGGGUAAUCUGUCUGGAAAACGAGUUGAUUUUUCAGCACGUACCGUUAUUUCACCUGAUCCUAAUUUGAUGAUCCACCAAGUGGGCGUACCGGACCGUGUGGCAAAGAUUCUAACCUUUCCCGAGAAAGUGAAUUCGGCCAACAUAACGCGAAUGCGACAACUAAUCCGCAACGGCACGGAAAAACAUCCGGGAGCAAACUAUGUUCAACAAAAAGGUAGUGCGUUCAAAAAAUACUUAGCGUAUGGCAAUCGCGAUAAAGUGGCACAGGACCUGAAGUGCGGUGAUAUUGUAGAACGACACCUUAUUGACGGCGAUGUUGUGCUGUUUAAUCGCCAACCGAGCCUGCACAAAUUAAGCAUUAUGUGUCACGUGGCAAAGGUUCAACCGCAACGUACGUUUCGCUUCAAUGAAUGUGCCUGCACUCCGUAUAACGCUGAUUUUGAUGGAGAUGAAAUGAAUCUGCACCUACCCCAAACUGAAGAGGCUCGCGCUGAAGCGCUUGUACUGAUGGGCAACAAAUCUAAUUUGGUGACUCCACGCAACGGAGAGCUGCUGAUCGCGGCAACGCAAGAUUUUAUCACUGGUGGAUAUCUACUGACACAGAGAGAUCAAUUCCUCACACUUGAACAGGUCAUGCAAUUAGCCGCCUGCAUGUUAUCCGGGCCAGACUCAAACAUGGUGAUUGAUUUGCCAAGACCAGCUAUUCUUAAACCACGAAAAUUGUGGACCGGGAAACAGAUAUUCAGUCUCAUCCUCAAACCAAAUAGUCAGUCCUGUGUAAACGCGAACCUGUAUACCAAAGGACGCAACUACACUAGAGACAACGAUAUGUGUGUAAAGGACUCUUGGGUUAUAAUACGAAACUCGCAAUUGUUGUGUGGUGCAAUGGACAAAGGUACACUUGGUUCGGGUACAAAAAAUUGUAUAUUCUAUGUAAUAUUGCGUGAUUUUGGCGAAGAAUAUGCCAUUAAAUCGAUGUGGCGCUUAGCACGGAUGGCAUCGUACUUUAUGAUGAACCAUGGGUUUUCAUUUGGUAUCGGCGACGUAACACCGAGUCGGAAGCUGCUUGAAGAAAAACAAAAGCUUUUAGAAAAUGGAUAUCGAAAAUGUGAUGAAUAUAUUGCAGAAAUGAAGAAGGGAACGUUGCAGUGUCAACCGGGUUGCACGGCAGAGCAAACACUCGAAGCGGUUAUGCUAAAGGAACUGUCUAGUAUCCGCGAGCUUGCAGCAAAGGCUUGCUUCAGAGAGCUACAUCCGACAAACAGUGCACUCAUCAUGGCGCAAUCGGGCUCCAAGGGAUCGAACAUCAAUAUCUCCCAAAUGAUUGCCUGUGUUGGACAACAAGCCAUCAACGGCAAAAGAGUACCGAACGGAUUCGAGGACCGUGCGUUGCCUCAUUUUGAAAAGUUUUCCAAAAUUCCUGCGGCUCGUGGUUUCGUACAGAACAGCUUUUAUUCCGGCUUAACACCAACGGAAUUCUUUUUUCAUACCAUGGCUGGCCGAGAGGGUCUGGUUGAUACUGCAGUGAAAACUGCCGAAACGGGUUACUUGCAGCGACGUUUGGUAAAAUGCCUUGAAGAUUUAGUAGUACAAUAUGACGGAACCGUACGGAACGCUAUUGGGGAGGUAGUCGAAUUUUCAUACGGUGCUGAUGGCUUGGAUCCGGUCUACAUGGAAGUGAAGAACAAACCGGUGGAUAUUGAAAGACAGUUUAUGCAUGUACGAAACAUGCUUCCAUGUCGCGAUGAGAUUCCUUUACGAGGGGAGGAAGUGCUAAGCGAAGGAGAACGCAUUCUUUCCAAACCACAAUUUUCUAACUGCCGUCAAGAUUUUCGCAAGGAAUGUUUAGAUUUUCUGGAAAAAUUCGGCAGACGUUUGUGUACACUGCAACGGCUUUAUCGUAACGGUCCUAGGGUAACGACGGAAGUUCAGCGGACCACAGCUGGUCAAUUGGAACAGUUCUUGUUGCAAGUACGAAAUAAAUACAACAAGGCCGUAACCGAACCAGGAACAGCCGUAGGUGCAUUGGCGGCUCAAAGUAUAGGUGAACCCGGUACGCAAAUGACACUGAAAACGUUCCAUUUUGCUGGAGUUGCAUCAAUGAACAUCACGCAGGGAGUGCCUCGUAUUGUCGAGAUUAUUAACGCUACUAAAGCCAUUUCUACACCAAUAAUAACAGCGGAGAUCGAAAACAACACCAACAUGGAGUUUGCUCGCAAAGUAAAGGCUCGUAUUGAAAAAACGACACUGGGAGAAAUUUCGUCUUAUAUCGAGGAGGUGUAUAAAAUGAAUGAGUGUUUUCUUCUCAUUAAGCUCGACCUUGGUCGCAUUAGAGUGCUGGGCUUGGAAGUUAAUGCUGACACCAUACGCUACUCAAUUUGCACAUCAAAACUAAAGCUGAAGCAAGAGAAUGUGGAAGUAUAUGGACCAUCGCUCAUUAUCAUUCGGCCUGACAGCAGCAAGCACAGCCACAGCUUGAAUGCGGAACUGCAACGGCUCAUCACAGCAAUACCAAACGUAGUGGUUGCCGGAUUACCGCAAGUAUCUCGCGCAGUUAUUGCCGUCGAUGAUUCCCGCGGCACGCCCAAGUAUCGAUUAUGCGUGGAAGGCUGUGGGUUACGUGAUGUGAUGGGCACAUAUGGAGUGAUCGGAAACAGAACUAAGAGUAACAACAUUUUGGAGGUGUACCAAACGCUAGGUAUUGAAGCAGCGCGUACUACCAUUAUGACUGAAAUUACUGAAGUAAUGGAGGGGCAUGGUAUGAGCGUAGAUCAUCGACACAUCAUGCUACUCUCUGGCCAGAUGACAUCGAGGGGUGAAGUGCUUGGAAUCACCCGUCACGGUCUGGCGAAAAUGCGCGAGUCCGUGUUUAACCUUGCAUCGUUUGAAAAAACAGCGGAUCACUUGUUUGAUGCUGCAUACUAUGGCCAAACGGAUUCAGUGGAUGGCGUUUCGGAGCGUAUCAUUUUGGGAAUGCCUGCAUCAAUUGGUACUGGAUUAUUCAAACUAAUUCAUAAUCACAGCAAUACACAACUUGAGUCGAUUAGUUGCCCUAUUUUUAAUGUGGUAUAACCUUAACCAUAACUCCUGAUAAGAGUUUCGUAUUGUAGUAGUGAGAUUCUAACAACAGCGAUAGUUAGAUAUCAUUAGUGGUACCGCGCCAUCUAACACAGAUAACAUCCCGGAGCGUACGCACAGAUAAUAAAGAUAUAACUUGAUGAUUAUCAA